UCGUUAAUUAUUUACAGGCAUUUUCGUGUAAAAUCUUUACGACUAUAUGGCAGUACUCGUUGGUAGCCAACUAUAAUUGGAUUUUAAUGGAAGGCCUAUAUUUACAUAAUCUAAUAUUUUUGCAUAUUUUCAAUGAUAACUCAAGUAUAAUGAGAUAUAUUAUACUCGGAUGGGGCCUACCGGUCAUAUUCAUAAUUCCGUGGGUAGUCAUCAGAGCUUUAUAUGAGGACACACUAUGUUGGACGACGAACGAGGAUAAGAGAAUAUUCUGGAUAAUCAGAGGUCCUAUUACUGCGACUAUAAUACUGAACUUCGUAUUCUUCAUAAACAUCACUCGAGUGCUGUUCCUGAAGAUGUUCUCGUCAUCGGUGUCCGUCCGACAGUACAAAUACAGGACGUGGUUUAAGUCGACCUUCAUUUUGGUGCCGCUGUUUGGCGUCCACUACAUGUUUCUACUGGUGUUCAACUCAUUAUCGGCCAUCUCUUACGACAUCUUCGAGAUUAUAUGGCUAUAUAUAGACUUAAUGUUCUCGUCGUUUCAGGGAUGUGUAGUGGCGCUGUUGUACUGCUUUUUGAACGGCGAGGUGCAGACAGAGCUGUUGAAACUGUGGCAGUCGUGGACCCAUCGGUGCCAUACGAAGCCCUCGCCAAACAACGCCCACUCGGGCACCCAUAUGUCAUACUUAACCCAAUCGCUAACAUACCUGAGCCGCGGGGGCAGGAAUUCCUGCUUCUCGACUACGGUCGACGCCGGGAUCGGUGGCCGGAAGGACAACGUGACGCACACCCAGUCGUCCCGAUCGCCGUCCCCCUCAUCGCGGCUCCGGACCACUCAAAUUGCGGCCCAGAAUACGAUUCACUCGCUCAGAGGCGACGACGGGAACGGCAUGUCGUCUAUUGUGGUCGUAUGCGACAAACAGCAUCAUCUGAACGGUAAUAAUACCGGCGCUGGUGGUGGGGUCGGUGCCGCUAGUGAGGAGUCUAUGAUGUAAUCAUGCUUUUAGAUUAUUACAGAAUAUUCCGGAAUAUUCUCUGUUUUGUCGACAUAUUUGUUAAAUACAUUGUGUUUACCAAAGAAUUUAUGGAUUCAAUGAAGUUUUUGUUUGUUUUGUGAAAUAUUAUGUUAAAUUAUAUAAUAUUGUAAUAAAACCUAAUUAUUAUUCAUAUAUUGAUUGUAAAAAAAGUUAAAUUCUUAUCAUUAAUAUUGAGCUUAAAGUCCAAUUAUAUAAAUAUUUUUCAUGAAUCUAUAGUUAUAUUCGUAUUCAUAAAUAUUUCAUUA